AUGCACUUGAUUUAUUCGUUUAUUCUUUCAGCAAGCGAUGGCGACGAAGAUCACAACGAGGGAAAUAGCGGAGUUGGCGAGGAUAUCGAGGUGGAAGACGAAUCUGACGAGGAAGAACAGCAGUUCGAUAAAACUCUAGCAGCAUCGCAUUCAUAUAUGGGCCCUGGGCUGGUUGCGGUGAGUGGGCGCUCGGUGUUGGAGGCGGGGUGGCGCGGGCGCGUGCCGGUGGCGGCACACACGGGCGCCGUGUUCCCCGGCGAGACCGUGCCCAUGCUAGUGCCCGACCCGCACGAUGCUGAACUACUAGCGCAGGCUAUCAGCCAUGACAAGCUCUUUGGCCUGCUGUGCCCCGACGAGAGCGGAACCAUGGUGUCGGGGUACGGCGUGCUAUGCGAGGUGUUCGAGGCGGGGCUGGGCGAGGGUGGUGGCGCGGGGCGGGGCGCAGGGCGGGGCGAGGGGCGGGGCGAGGAGCCGCUCACGUUCAAGGCGCGCGCCACGCACCGCUUCCGCCUACUCGACACGCCCAGGCGCGCGGUGCCCAUGCACGCAUACUCUAGGAUGCGAUUCGCGGAGGUGGUGGUGCUGGGCGAGGUGCAGGCGGGCGCGCCGCUGCGCCGCGUGCGCCUCGCCAGCCUCGACCCGCUGCGCGCGCAUCACGACCCGCUGGAGCGGCGGCUGCGCGCCCUGGACGCGGCGCUGACGCCGUGGCCGCGCUUCGUGUACGACGCGUUCGACUUCCGACGCAUGCGGGACCUCAUUUGCGACUACUUCAAGUCCAUAAUGCUCGACCGCGUUCCGGAGGAGCCGGUGUCGCUGUCGUUCUGGGUGGCGUCCAACCUGGCGCUGUCGGCGCGCGACCGCCUCGCGCUCUUCACCGUCGACGACGCGCUGCUGCGCUUGCACAUGGAGCUGCGCUUCAUAGCACGGAAAAGUAUUUUAUGUUGCUCAUCGUGCAUGGCGGAGAUCGCAAGACGGGAAGACAUAUUUGCAAUGUCGAGUGAUGGUGUGCACUCCAACUACACCAACUUAGGUGGCUACAUGCACGACAUCGUGACGGUAUCGCGUGCCAGCAACACGCACCUGAGUGGUCGGCCGUCGCGCGAGUACUCGUGGUUCCCGGGCUACGCCUGGACCAUCGCCGUGUGCGGCUCCUGCAUGGCGCACCUGGGCUGGCGGUUUGACAGCACGAAGCGCAGCUUGAGGCCGCAGCAGUUCUUCGCCCUCUGCCGCAACUACGUGCAGCCACGCGAACGAGGUGGCACGCACUACAUUGACCAGUCCGAUCAGCCAGACCAGCCAGACCAACUCUAG